GGGAAGUUAUUUGCUUGGGAUUAUUCAGUUGUGUAAACUAAAAUCUCAUACUCAUCUAUCAAAGGCUUGACGUACCGAAAUUUACUAAAUGAACUUUGGUUGGAACUUAUCGGGUUAUAAAAACCUUGGCCUUGUAUGCGAAGGGUUAUGCACGAAUGUUCCAUUGAAGAAUGUUCAAAUAAAAUGUAGGGUAGUAAAUAUGCUUUCAGACGUCAAGGUAGAGUUUUUGUACGAGAACUCACUACAGGAAGCUCUGGAGGCGUCAUUCGUUUUUCCACUGAAUAAUGUAGCGGUUUACCAUUUCGAGGCACAAAUCGGUGACAAAAAAAUAGUAUCCGUGUGUCGUCCACGUACAGAGGCUAAAGAAACGUAUGACAGUGCUGUUGAAGAAGGGCACACAGCAAUCUUGGCCGAACAGGAUGAACAUUGUGCUGAUUUAUUUAAAAUGAACAUCGGGAACAUACCGCCAAAUGGAAAGGUUGGUAUAGUUCUACAAUAUGUUGGACUGAUAGAAGGAAAAAACGUGAAGACAGAUACAUCUAAGUUCAGCCACUCUGAAAUUAUCUUAACUUUGCCAAGCGUUAUCAACCCACGUUACUACCCAAAAGAAAAAAAGCAUUCCGACGAGUUUGAGCCGUUUACGGAGCUUGUUCUUGUGAAUUCCGUGCCCUACACAAUAACAUUUGAAUCUGAACUUUGGAUGCCGUCAAAAAUUCUGGAUGUCAAAUCAACACAUGAUAGUUUCACUUUGAACUGUACAAACAAUUCUAAUCACGGCCUUGUCAAACUUUCUUCUGAGUUUAUACCAGAUCAUGAUCUUCAAAUGGUCCUAAGUCUUUCUGAUCCACUUACAUCUCUGGCAUCUCUGGAAUAUGGUGAUCCAAACCAUUCGUCUAUAUUGGCUAUGAACUGUUUGAUGGUACAGCUUUUGCCUGAUAUUCCUACCGUCGUUAGUUCUAAAGACAUGCGAUAUGAGUUCGUGUUUUUAAUCGAUCGCUCAGGUAGUAUGGAAGGUGAUAAUAUUUCUUACGCUAAGACCUCCCUUCUUCUCUUCUUAAAGAGCUUACCUAUGAGUUGUCGUUUUCAGAUUAUUGGCUUCGGGAGUGAUUUUGCUGCUUUAUUUUCAGAACCUACAGACUAUUCUGAAGGAUCGUUAAAUACAGCAAUGAACUACCAAAAAGACCUAAAUGCUGAUAUGGGCGGUACAGAAGCUUACAAUGCUCUAAAGUCGGCUCUAUAUUCAACACCGAGUGGUGAAGGUUGGUUCAAACAAAUCAUAUUUCUUACGGACGGUGAUGUAGGUAAUGCAGAUGAGGUCAUCGGUUUGGUACGAAUGAAUGUUGACAAAGCAAGAGUAUUUACCAUAGGACUUGGACAAGGAGUAAGCACUGCACUAAUCGGUGGUGUUGCUCGAGCUGGCAAUGGUACAGCAGAAUUUGUUCGUGAUCCCUCUCAGCUUCAGUCAGCUGUGAUGAGGACUCUUUCAGCUGCAUUACAGCCAAGAGCUGAUAAUAUUGAAAUAGAUUGGAAGCUAGUCGAGAAAUUUCAUGAUGGCAAGGAGAAACCAAUAGAAGUGGUAGUUGUUCCCAAGCAAAUAGCUCCAGUAUUUCCUGAUCGGUUCUCGACAUAUUUCGGUUUUUUCAGAUCUGAUAAAUCAUCAACUAUUCACGGACAAGUAAAUUUCAAUUGUAGUGUACUAGGUGAAAAGAAAUCAUUCAUAUUAAGUAUAUUGAAUGCGAUAUCGUUUAAUGACAAGUUGAAUUGUUCUGGAAGUUUACCGAUUCAUCGACUAGCGGGAAAUAUGCGAAUGAAUGAACUUAUAGAUGAAUACCAUAGUAUACAAUUGAAUGAAAUGAAUGAAAAAAAUGAAACAGGACUGAAGUCCAUACGUCAACAAGUUGAAGAUUUAUCAUGUCAAUUGAAUAUAUUAUCAAAAUUCACUUCUUUAGUUGCCGUAGAUCCAACCAAGUUAGAUGUUGAUCCGAAGGAAAGAGUUAAAGUCACUGUACCUCUUAUGUUCCAUCGUUUCUCUGUUUCCAAAAUGGCAAUGCCUGCAGCGAAUAUUUGUUAUGAUACCUUUGAUGGUGAUUGCGAUGGAGCUGAUAGAUGCUCUGCAGCUCGCCUAUGGUGGAAAUUCGGCUCUAUCUAAACGUUCUCGAGUCACUGCCUGGUUGAAAAUUGUAUGUUGCCAUCGAAUACGAGUACUGAAGCAGUUUUUCUGAAACCACGUGCACCAUUCAAACUGGCUGCCUUUAACGUUCGCACACUUAUGCAGGUCGGACAACAGAUGGGGCUGGCUAUGUCUUUGGAAAGUCUUAAUAUUGGCGUUUGUUGUCUAUCCGAGAUCCGUAUUCAAGACUCUGGUGAAGUACUACAAGUUCGCUCUCCAUCUGUCACUUCAAAAAGCUUGUUUUAUGUGCGUUUAUCCGGGGACCCUGUGGCAUCUUCGUCUGGUCUUGCUGGCGUUGGUGUCGCACUAAGCGCAAGAGCUGAGGCAGCACUAGUCGACUGGAUCCCCAUUAACAGUCGGUUAUGUGCUGUUAGAUUAGAAAGUUCCAUCAAAGUGAGAAGAAAUCGGCGUGAGAAACGAUGUCUUUUCGUCAUCUCCGCCUAUGCCCCGACAGAUUGCAGCCCGGAUGCAAUCAAGGACGAGUUCUACCAUCAGCUAACUGUUCUUCUCCAGAAAGUGCGUUCGACAGAUAUUGUAGUAUUAGCUGGAGACUUGAAUGCUCAGGUCGGGCGUCUAGGCACUGAAGAGAGUCGUUUAGGUGGCCGAUGGGGACU